AUGGCCCUCCCCCGAACCUACAAAGCCUUCCGGCACAGCGCGGGCAGCAUGCCUAAACCACUUGAUGCUGUCACAGAAGAGCUUCCAUCUUCUCUCAAGCCCAGUGAAGUACUCAUUCGCAUCCACGCUGUGUCCCUGAACUACAGGGAUGUGGCAAUGAUGCACGGGACGUACCCGGUUUCGGUCAUUGAGCGAUGUAUCCCUGCAUCCGAUUGCGCCGCCGAGGUCAUUGGAACUGGGUCUGACGUUCACGAUUUCCAAAUCGGAGAUCGCGUUGCGCCUAUUUUUGACUUGAGCAAUAUUGAUGGCACUGAAGAAGAGACAUCGGUAUUAGGUGGUGAUGUCAAUGGAGUGUUGCGCGAAUAUGCGGUGUUUGACCGAAAUGUCUUGUUCCAUUUGCCCAAGCACCUCUCUUGGGAAGAGGCCGCUUGUAUCACUUGCGCAGGAGUAACUGCGUGGAAUGCAUUGGAAAUGCCUCGAUCCAAAGGCACUGCUCUUCUCCAAGGUACUGGCGGAGUUAGCAUGUUCGGCCUGCUGAUUUGCCUGGCUGCCGGCAUCCGUCCAAUCAUCACCUCGUCCUCUGGCCAAAAGCUCGAGCUGGCAAAGGCCUGUGGGGGUCCAGGCGCUGUCGAUACUAUUAACUACCGAGACCAGCCUAAAUGGGAAGAGGAGGCACGUCGCCUUACUGACGGACGAGGUGUCAAUGUUGUCGUCGAGAACGUUGGGCCUUCCACAAUUUCCCAAAGCCUCUCCUCUCUCGCCAGAAGGGGCACGGUUUCCUUGGUCGGAUUUUUGGGUGGAUUUGAUGUCGAUCGCUUCCCUGAUACCGUCCUCCCUACCUUGACCAAGAGCGCCACCAUUAGGGGAAUCAGUGUUGGCUCUAAGGCUGACCAUCAAGCCUUGUGCGACUUCCUGGCUGAUAAGCAGGUUGGUCUGAAGCCUGUCCUUGACAAUGUCACUUUCUCCUUUGAAGAUUCGCAGGCGGCAUUUGAUCACCUUUGGAAUGCGAAGCACAUGGGAAAAGUUGUGAUCAAACUGUGA